GUUAUAAGUUGAUACGGUGGUUCUAGCUGUACUCAUAUUGAUAAUGCCCCGAGAAAUUAAAGAAAUCAAAGAUUUCCUCCUUAAAGCUAGAAGGAAGGAUGCAAAAUCUGUAAAAAUCAAGAAGAAUACCGAGAAUGUUAAGUUCAAGGUACGGUGUUCACGGUUUUUGUACACUCUUGUCAUUACAGACAAAGAGAAAGCAGAGAAAUUGAAGCAAUCUCUUCCUCCAGGUCUUCAAGUAAAGGAAGUAAAAAGAAGUGAACGUAUGUGAAUAAAUACAAAUAAACUAACUUUUUAAACA